GAGUCGUGGAGGCUGCAGGAUGCGCUGACAGCUGUCCCACUGAAACACUCCAAACACUCUUUAUUCACUCUUCUGAUCCAACACGCGUGACAGGCAGCCGCGCGUGCACGAUGCCUGAUCGAUCGGCUGUAUCGGAAACGAUCGAUUCGACCCCCGGAUGUAGUUUAUCUGCGGUGGGAGCCGCUGCAUGGAGCUAACGGGCUAGCUGCGUGCUAGCAUGGAGAGGGUUCAAUAAACUUUAUUAACAGUUUGACUCGCUGACAGUAAGUGAAGACAACAUGGACUCUCUGCUGGACUUUGAGGAGUGUGUCCAGGACUCACCUGACUUCAGACUGAAGCUGGAGCUGUUUGAGGAGGAUGUCUCUGUGCUGGAGACACACCUGGACAAGGUGAUGAAGCUGUGCGGUAAGAUGGUGGAGGCGGGACAAGCGUACAGCGCAGCCAAUCAGCUGUUCCUGAGCGGCCUGGCUGAGCUCUCCAUGUACAACAAGAAGGAUGGCGUCAUCACAAACUGUCUGAACCAGUUCAACCAGGGCCUUCAGGAGAUGGUCAGCUUCCACACUAUGUUGUUUGAUCAGACUCAGAGAGCCAUCAGCCAGCAGCUGUCCAACCUCUGUACACAGUUCCUGCCUCAGCUGGUGGAGACCAGGAGGGAGUUUGUCCGUAUCGGUGAGGAUCUGGAGACGGCGGCGGUGAAGAACGCUCAGGUGUCUCGUCACAAAGCCGGCGACGGCGAACGGGCGAGUCACCUGCUCCUCGCCACGCGCAAAUGCUACCAACACUUCGCCCUGGACUACUGUCUGCAGCUCAACACCUUCAAGACUCAGCAGAGAGUCGACAUCUUAAACUCUGUGUUCUCCUUCGUCCACGCUCAGUUCACCUUCUUCCACCAAGGAUUCGACCUCCUCAGGGACCUGGAGCCCACCAUGAAGACCAUGGCAGCACAGUUGUCUCAGUCCUCUGCAGACUGUGCAGCUAAAAGAAAAGACCUGGAGAACAAACACCUGCUGGUCCAGCAGAGAGACGCUUCAGGGGAGCCGACGGUCUGCCCGUGUCCCGGCAGUGACGCCAUCAUCCAGGGUUACCUCUUCAAACGCUCCAGGAGGAAAUCCAAAACCUGGAAGAGAUGCUGGUUUUCCAUCAGAGACAACCAACUCAUUUACAGAAAGUCACUAAAGGAGGACUCCCUGGUUCUGUUUGAGGAUCUCAGACUCUGUGCCGUCAAAUCUCUGGAGACCAUCGACCGACGUUUCUGCUUCGAGCUGCUCUCUGUUCAGAAAUGCUGUGCUCUGCAGGCGGACUCGGAGCAGCUGAAGCAGGCCUGGCUCAGCGCUCUGCAGGGCAGCAUCGACCUCGCCUACAGAGAGAGAGUGACCCCUCCCUGUGUUCAGCCUAAAGAGCCCCCCCCUCUCCCGGUUGGAGGGGACCCGUCCCCCGGCCCCGCUCAGAGGCCCCCGGCGCUGUGCGUGGCCCUCAGGGGCCCCGGGAACCUCCGGUGCUGUGACUGUGGAGAGGAGGAGCCUCGAUGGGCCUCCAUCAACCUGGGAGUCACCAUGUGUAUCGAGUGCUCCGGAAUACACAGGAGCCUCGGUGUCCACCUGUCCAAGGUGAGAUCUCUCACUCUGGACUCCUGGGAGGCAGAGCAGCUGAAGCUGCUGUGUGUUCUGGGAAAUAAUGUCAUGAACCGGAUCUACGAGGCGAGAUGUUCAGAGGAAGGACGAGUCAAACCCAGAGCCGACAGCCUGCGAGCAGAGAAAGAGACGUGGAUCAAAGAGAAAUAUGUGGAGAAGAGAUUUGUGCAGAACAGCAUCUCAGAUGGAGCUCACGGUGUGAAGGUCGAGGCCGGGCUGCGACUGUAUCGGGCAGCGUCGGCCGGGGACCUGGUUGCCAUGGCAACGGCGUUGGCCCAGGGGGCGAAGGUCAACGGGAGCAUCGGUGAGGAAGCGGGUCGCACGGCGCUGAUAGGAGCUGCUGUCGGGGGGUCGCUGUUGGCCUGUGAGUUCCUGCUGCUGAACGGAGCCAACGUCAACCACCGAGACCUGAGAGGACAGGGAGCGCUGCACGCUGCAGCCACCGCCGGACACACCGGACAGGUGUGUCUGCUGUUGAAGAGAAGAGCCAAUCAGUACGCUGCAGAUGAAAGAGGCCAGGACCCGUUGGCCAUCGCCGUGGAAACCGCCAACGCUGACAUCGUCACACUACUGCGGAUGGCCAGGAUGAAUGAAGAGAUGAGGGAUUCAGAAGGAGUCUUUGGAGCUAUGGGAGAUGACGAGACCUUUCAGGACAUCUUCCGUGACUUCAGCGACAUGGCGUCACAUGACCCGGAGAGGCUCAGCAGACGGCAGUUCAGCCGCGGAGAGGAGGAGAAGGAGGAGGAGGAGAAGGAGGAGGAGGAGGAGAAGGAGGAGAAGGGGGAGAAGGGGUGAACAGCCGACACAGUAAAUGACAGAAAGUGAGACUGAAAGCCCGUCGGACUGCAGACCCUCUGUAGACUAUUUAACAUUUAGAAGUACUGACUGACUGCUUCACAUGACUGAUGUGUGAAAACAUGCUAAAACAUAUAAGAUAUGAUAAUAUUGUGUAUUAUACUCUUCAUUUCAACAGUGAAAGUACAUGUGUACUUUAUGUACAGUUACUGCAGAAGUGUCACCACGGUGAUUUUCAUUAUCAGCUAAAUUUAGAUUAUUUCCUCCGUUAACCGUUUGGUCAAAUAGUCGUCACAUUGACUAAAUAUUCACAUGGGAGGAUUUUCUUAAUUUUUCCUUAAAGGUCCAGUGUGUAGCAUUAAGGGGGAUCUUAUUAAUAACUAUGUUAUGACAGACCUGAUAAAACAUUAAUUCAGACUUUUUACAUAUCAGCAACAUUAUGCAGUUAUUUCAGCAUCCUUUUGAUCCGUUUAUUGUAAUGAAGUCUCUCCCUGCAAAAACGCAUUUAAUCUCUGCAAACAGAAAAAUAAUGUACGUGUUUAUUAGCAUUUCGAGCGGAGAAGUGAGAUGUGAUCACAGUGGUCGUGUGGACAUGUAUGUUAAUACCAGGUGUGAACAGGGCCAAAGAUGUCAGUAGGUGUAUUCUUUACCUUUCAGACAGGACAGCUGUUUACCUUCUUCUUCCUGUCGACAUGCUAAGCUAGGCUAACCAUGUCCUGACUCCACCUGGCUGAAAAUAAGCACAUUUCCUAAAAUGUUAAACUAUUUCUUUAAUCAAACAUUUAAUUGUUUAGAUAUAGUUAGAGUAAGAGUAAUGUUACAAAGGCAAAGAACCUCGUAACUGUUUACAACUGAUGAUGUCACUUCCUGUCAAUCCCUCAUAUCCGGGAAGCCAAUUUGAAUCCAGUGCAGGAAAGGCGAACCCCGCCACAAUAAAGAGAUAAAUACAAUAAUUUAAAUACAUUAAAUGGCUUUUGCUGAAAAUAUGUCGACCAUAAAUGUACAACGUCAAAAAAUAUGUCUAAAGUGCUUUUAAGUCUGUUGAGCUGAACGUUGUUUAUAAAGUUUUAAUUGAUCUGUUUUUUUUCUCAUUUGUGUUCAGAAAAGGGAUUUAAUGUGUAGCUGCUGAAAAGCUACUUUUGUCUGUUUCUCAAGGAUUUAAGACACUUUUAUCGAUAUAUUCAGAUCAGUUUGCUGUGAGUCUUAAAACUGUUUUGUUUUUUAUUAAUGAAGACUGAAGUGGACCAACAGACUGUAAAGACAGAAUCCGGCCCUGAAGCAGAACUCUUCACACAGCUGCUGUUACAGAACUUCAUGUUUUCACUUUAUUAUUUUUAAAGCCUCAGACCUGCUGAAAAACUUCACUGCAUCUUUUUCUAAAUGCUGGAGGAACCAGGAGGACGUGUGAAUUUUGCUUCAGGGUGGAUUUUAAUUUCAUUCCAGACUGUUACUAAUGUGAUGCUACUGCUUAAUAAACCUCUUCAUACA